CAAAAAACCUCAAGAAGAAGAAAAAGUUCAAAGUUUACCAGGAAGUUACCCUCGUGCGGUGCUGUGGUGUGUUACAGCAGAGUGAGAUAGGAGCUCACUUAUUAAAUAAAAAGAUUAAAACACAUUUUUUCGGAGGAGACAGUUAACUGAAUAAAUUGCCAUGUCUUCAUACACCUGCAUCAGCUGCAGAGUGGCUUUCACAGAUGGCGAGGUGCAGCGAGCGCACUACAAAACGGACUGGCACCGCUACAACUUGAAGCGCAAGGUGGCGGAUAUGCCACCAGUCACUGCUGAAAACUUUCAGGAGCGUGUCCUGUCACAGCGGGUGGCCGCCGAGCAGCAGCUGAGCGACACAACAGCCACUGAGGGCUGCGCCAUCUGCAGCAAGAAGUUCUCCAGCGCCAACGCCUACCAGAACCACCUGCAGUCCCACAAACACCAGCAGGCAGAGAAGCAGGCCGUGCUUGCUGCUCAGAGGAAAGUGGAGAAGAUGAACGAGAAGAACCUGGAGAAAGGACUUGGUGAAGAGAAGGUUGAUCAAGAUGCCAAGAACGAGGCCCUGCAGCAGGUUCUGAAAGAGCAGCAGAAGCCGAGUCCGGACAAGCAAGGGACAUCACAAGCAGCGUCGAAGCUGAGGGCGGAGAAGCUGGAGAGACCUCCCAGGAUGAUGUGGCUGGAAGAGCAAGCCAAGAGACGAGAGAAGGAAGAGGGAGCCACAGCUGUGGAAGAAGAGUGGGAGGACGUUGGUGAGGAAGAAGAUGAUGAUGAUGAGAUGGGGGAGGAGGAGGAAGACGAAGAGGAGACGAUGGAUCAGGAAGGAGGAGACUCUGCGGCUGUAUCUGACCCACAGCCCGCUGCUCUGCCGGGCUCCAUCCCCGUCACCGACUGCCUGUUCUGCUCCCACCACUCCAAGUCGCUCAUGAAGAAUGUCGGCCACAUGACCAAAGUCCACAGCUUCUUCAUCCCCGACGUGGAGUUCCUCAUCAACGUCAAGGGCCUCGUCCGCUACCUCGGAGAGAAAGUCGGUGCGGGAAACGUGUGCUUAUGGUGCAACGAGAAGGGUCGUUCGUUCUACUCGGCAGAAGCGGUCCAGAGUCACAUGACGGACAAGAGCCACUGUAAACUCUUCACAGACGGCGACGCUGCGCUGGAGUUUGCAGACUUCUACGACUUCAGGAGCAGCUACCCAGACAGGAAGGAGGGAGAGGAUGCUGAGACGGACAAAGAAGAGCUGCCUGAUGACAAGAACCUGGAGUACGACGACGACACACUGGAGCUGACGCUCCCUUCAGGUGCUAAGAUCGGCCACCGCUCCCUCAUGAGGUAUUACAAGCAGCGGUUCGGGAAUCAGAGAGCGCUGGUUCUGACCCACAACAAGAACGCUGUUGGCAGAGUCCUCCGGCAGUACAGAGCUCUGGGCUGGGGAGGAGACGGAGGUGCUGGCGCCCUCUAUCAUAAACAGAAAGACAUGCAGUACGUGCAGUUGAUGAAGUCCAAGUGGAUGCUGAAGAUGGGCAUGAACCACAACACCACCAGGCAGAAGCACUUCAGAGCUCAAGUCAUCUUCUAGACUGGGAGCGGGGGGGAAACCCACGUGGUGCCAAAUGUGAUGUGGAUCUUAAAUUCUAAGAUCUCUGCUAUUUUCCUUCCCCACAAGACUUUCAGUGCAGACUCGAGUACGGCGGCAGAAAGAAAUCUCAAACGUCGGUGGGGCGGUGUUGUUUGAAGGGAAUGCAGACGUGUUGAUACGACGUUUAAUAACUGCAGUAAAAACCUUGAUGUGGAGAAAUGUUUCCAUCUUCCACUGUGAGUCUGGAACAGUCGCUCCGCUGGGAGUCUGCUCCAGAGAGACUCCAGAUCGUCUCUUCAGCUUCACUGCAACAACAACUUAAUGCAAAGCAAGGGCAUGAAUCACAUUUAUUAAAGUAUUUUGGAAAUAUGUGGCUGAAGUUUAAGCAACGAUCAAUAUUAAAAAGGCAAUAUAAAACCAAUGAGAUGGUUACAUCUUCACGAUUCAAUGUGCUCGUAAUGCAUCAACCCAAUAAAUGUGUUUCAUAUUUAUGGAUACGUGGAAGUCUUCUUUAAAUAAAUCCAAUAACUUUGUUUCCAGAUGGAAGAUCCUGAUUCAUGGCUGGUUAACGUGAGUGCAGCCACACAGGUGUAUUAUUCACAUGCAUCAGGUGUCCGCAUGAACCGUACGCUGAUGAGUAACAAUAAACCGCUUUAAACAUG